UGACGUCAACAGGUUACUUCUUCCUUGGUUCUCACUGUAGUUGCGGCGUUACUGGGAUGCAAGGGAUAUAGGCCUAUCUAGUAGUUCGUAGUUUACUGGAACGACGAUUCUCUCUUUCAUUAGAAUUUGGAAUGGGGAUUUAAUUUGAAGAUAAUCAGUAUCGCCUUUGUGAAAAAGAAGGAGCUAGGGUAUAUUCAUUACAGCGAGUGCCGUUUCUAGGGUUUAACGGGGUUCAAAAGCAGCUAUUGGAAUAGCCACCCUAGUGAAGAAGAUAGGCAAGAUGGCGGAUCUUGAAGCGGUGCUCGCUGAUGUGAGCUAUUUAAUGGCUAUGGAGAAGAGUAAAUCGACUCCAGCAGCCAGGGCCAGCAAAAAGAUCAUACUUCCAGAUCCAAGUGUACGGAGCGUCAUGCACAAACAUCUGGAGAAAAUGGGUGAGGUCACCUUCGACAAAAUCUUCAAUCAAAAAUUGGGAUUUUUGCUCUUCAAAGAGUUUUGUGAAAAUUGCUGUGAUGAGUCGGUACCUCAGUUGAAAUUUUAUGAAGAGAUAAGGAAAUUUGAAAAAUUAGAAACAGAUGAAGAACGAAUAGAAUUAGGAAAACAUGUUUACGACAAUUACAUCAUGAAAGAAUUGUUAUCACAGAGCCAUACAUACUCCAAAGAAGCUGUAGACCACGUGCAAGAUAUGCUCACACAAGCACAGAAGUCAAGACAGCUACCAGCCAAUGUAUUUGAGCCAUAUAUUGAAGAAAUUUGCAAUUCCUUAAGAGGACAUAUAUUUCAAAAUUUUUUAGAAAGCGAAAAAUAUACAAGGUUUUUACAGUGGAAAAAUUUAGAGCUUAAUAUUAAUUUAACAAUGAAUGACUUCAGUGUACAUAGGAUUAUAGGCAGGGGUGGCUUUGGAGAGGUGUAUGGUUGUAGAAAGGCAGACACAGGAAAAAUGUAUGCAAUGAAGUGUUUAGACAAAAAGAGAAUAAAGAUGAAAGGAGGAGAAACAUUAGCCCUAAAUGAAAGAAUAAUGUUGUCAUUGGUCAGCACAGGGGAGGGAAGCCCAUUCAUAGUAUGUAUGACAUAUGCAUUUCAAACUCCUGAGAAGCUCUGCUUCAUUUUGGACUUAAUGAAUGGUGGGGACCUUCACUACCAUCUCUCACAGCAUGGUGUCUUCUCAGAAAAAGAAGUCCGGUUUUAUGCUGCAGAGGUCAUCCUUGGUUUGGAACAUAUGCACAAUCGUUAUGUUGUCUAUAGGGACCUUAAGCCAGCCAAUAUCCUAUUGGAUGAACAUGGUCAUGUGAGGAUAUCCGACUUGGGCCUGGCUUGUGAUUUUUCAAAGAAGAAGCCCCAUGCCAGUGUGGGCACACAUGGGUAUAUGGCACCUGAGGUGCUAUCCAAAGGCACGGCCUAUGACUCCAGUGCAGAUUGGUUCUCUUUUGGUUGUAUGCUAUACAAACUUUUAAAAGGCCAUAGUCCAUUUAGACAGCACAAGACCAAAGACAAACAUGAAAUUGAUAGGAUGACAAUGACUAUGAAUGUAGAGUUACCAGACUCAAUGACCCCAGAAAUGAAGGGUGUAUUGGAGGGUUUACUGUAUAGAAAUGUGGAGGAGAGGCUAGGGUGUAGGGGGAGAGGGGCCCCCGAGGUGAAGGAACAUAGCUAUUUUAAGGGGAUUGACUGGACUCAGGUGUAUCUCCAAAAGAUUCCACCUCCACUUAUACCUCCUCGGGGAGAGGUCAAUGCUGCAGAUGCAUUUGAUAUUGGCUCAUUUGAUGAGGAGGACACAAAAGGCAUCAAGCUUACUGAGGCAGACCAAGAACUCUACAAGAACUUCCCGUUAGUUGUGUCUGAACGGUGGCAGCAAGAAGUGGCGGAGACAGUGUUUGAUGCCAUCAAUGGUGACACGGACAGAAUAGAGCUGAAAAGAAAACAGAAACCUCGAAAUGAUGAAUUUGAUACUGGUCCAACGGACUGUAUUGUGGAGGGCGAGAUAUUGAAACUAGGAGGGCCGUUCUUACAGACCUGGCAGAAGAAACACCUAAAGCUGUAUCCAAACAGACUGGAGUUCUACCAUAAAAACCGAGAUGGACAGAUUGUCAAAGGAAAAGCAGUAGAGCUAAUUUCAAUGACGGAAAUCAGGGAAGUGACCCAGGAGUUUCAGAAAAUCAAUAAAACAGAAAACUGCAUAGUGAUUUACCUGAAAAAUGAGCAGAAAAUAGCAAUUACGUCACCAGAUAGGGUUUUAAUUACGCAGUGGAAAGAUGAAAUUAUUAAUGGCUUCCGAAUGUCUGAACAGAUAAUGGCAAACAUGAACAAGAAAGUCAGCAAACUGUAUGGCACAGACUACUCCCUCUCACAUAGCACAGAUAACUUCAAGCCUCCGCUGGAACACAGAAAUAGCAACGGAAGCUAGAGGAAGAUGGAUUUUAGGAGGGAUUAAUCUUUUUUGUUGUGAAUUAUGGGGAUUAUGCAGGAAGAUUCGACCAGAAUCAAUCUGGAAUGAAUAAGCAGAGAUGUAGCCUCGUUUAACAGGCAGAUAGCACUGUGACAUCAACAGGGUUUUAUUUUACCAUGCUAACCAACAACCAUGGUACAAGGUUUGUGGUCAACACAACAUGGGGGAAUACAAUAACCUUUAUCCAGUGGAACCUGGACCUGUAAGCUGAUCUCCUGGCUUUCUGCUAGCUGAAAUUAAAGAUCUGAUUAUUUCCCUCAGGUCAGCACAGUCUUGAGAUGAUAAUAAUGCAUGGCCCAAGUCUGGCUGAGUUCAUUAGUAUCUGUCUCCCUUUUAGAUAUGCUGACCAUGUUGUACCCACAGAGAGGGUCAGACAUUGUGAGGAGGAGGAAGAGGAGGAGGGCCUGCGGCACUGGAUUGAAGGCAAAGAUAAAUCACUGUUUGGAAUUUCAAUCAGUAUGUUCAAAGUGGAAGGAAAGGCACCUAGAAAAGCCUAGAAAAGAAGUCAAUAAAACCAAUACUGGUCUAUAAAGGACUUUUCAAUCUGAGAUUUAUUGGGCUACAUUGGGUGCCUUGUGUGUUCAACCAGGCGGUGUUUGGAAUGACUUUGCUAACUUGUAAAAUUGUGAACGUGGAGUCGUAAUUACUGUAGCCAAGGCUGUACAGACCGCUUUUGUUGACCUACCUCUUUUAUUUCUUCACUUGCUUCAUGUGAAGUCAUGUUUAAGUGAUGAUGAUGAUAUCUACUGCAGCAUCAUUUACACUGUAGCUGUAGCUACAUGUUAGCUGCAAGUAUAGCAGCUUAAUUCAGUAUCAGUGGUUGCUCAUGUAUAGAAACUGGAACAUUUAGAUAAAUAGUGUUUAUUAAGAGCUGUGCUUUUAUUGGUUAGCAAAUACUUUUGUGACUAAGUGUUUUAUUCCUUAAUGGUGAUCAUUAUGGCAUGAUUAAUAUAAUAUGAUUGGUAAAGGCAGUGGCAAUCUAUUUAAUGUGGUGUCUUGGAUUAUUGCAAGCACUAAGUUCAUGUAGGAAUAUUUAUCAGAGAAAUUAUACCUUAUACUCGGUGCCAUUGGAGAGAGGGUGCUGGCUGCAGCCAUUAUACUAUGGCGAUACAUAUAAAACAGGGCAAGUUAAAGGAACAUAAAAUGUUUACACAGCAUCUUGCCAUGGUUAUAAUAUGUAAUAAUAUAUUAAGGAUAGGCAGACCCCAGAAAGCCCUGGCUACUAGCUUUAACAGUGACUUUAGUGUCCCAAUAUCCAUUACUCCAUGUGUCUGUAUAUGUAUAUUUAUGACUCUUAAUCAAGGUUGAUGCAAUGAAAUUAUGUUUCUAUUUCUGUUGGAAGCAUAGUGCAAUUGUGAAGAGAAAUGUGCUGUUCUGAUCAUGUGCUUAAUUGUUUAUCCCAUCGAACUGUGUUCAGAUGGUAUAAGUGAAAAUAACUGCUUUGCGUCUGUUAAAGAAAAACUUGAUAAAUUCUCAAGUUUUCAUUAAGAAUUUACAGUUUUCAGCUAUUGAUUACAGAUAUAUAUUUUUUCUUUUUUGUAGAAAAAAAAUUGACAUACUUUAUUCAACCAUGUUUUUUUCGCCUUUUGAACAUGCUACCUCUUGCUUACUAAUUUGUUCACAUAGCUGGCCAAAUGAAAUGUUGUCUAACAACUGUAUACAUACAAGAGUUCUGAAUUUUUUUUGGUUAGAAUUUAAAGGUCACUUGGUGCAACUGAUGAUUGAUUGAGUGAUAAGUUCAGUUUGAUAGGAUUAUAAAACCCAUUGGGUUUUCACUUUAAUUUUGAUGGCGUUGAGCGCCAACUUGUUUUGCACAAAGGCAUUGAAAUCAAUUUGUUUGUAUCUGAAUUUUAAGCACAAGUAUGAUACAAAGAUAAUGUUAUGCAUAUAUUUGAAAGGUGUUUUCACAUAGAGACGUAUUCCCUCAAUGUCCCGUGCUGUGCUUUUAGAUGAAUUUUCACUUUGCCGGCUAGUUUUUAACUGUAAUGACUAUAAAUAAAUGAAUGAAUAAAUAAUUAAAUAAAUAAAUAGAUAUUUCAUGUUUGUAACCAUGGUAUUUAAUAACCAGUCUUGUACAGAUAUGGAACCAUAUUUUAUUAUGUUAUUUAUUAGCGUCAAUUUUUCCUUCAUUGUUAAAUUUUUUUCUGUGUCAUACCAUGAUUGUAAUUAUAUUGUCAUUUUUUUCUCAUUGACAUUUAAGUUUGUAUGUUUCAGAGCCAGGUUCGUUCUGGAUGCUGACUGCUGUAAAAUUGUGUUGUUCAGAUAGUGCAAGUUCUAUAGAUGUUUUAUCACAUACAUUAUGUGUUUUGCUAAAAGAUACUAAUCCUAUUUCUGCAGCUGUGGGUAUAUGUCAAAGAAACCAUUUUUGAAAUAUUGAUUUGAUUUGUUGUCUUUCUGUACCAUUAAAUUGGUUCUUUUUUCAGACAAUAAAAAAUAAAACCUUCA